AUGUCUGAUCUGGCUAAUAAAAUGGAAAAUUUGAGUGUCAACGACAACAAGGGAGCCCAAAACGGUGGUGACAGCUCUUACGUGCCGCCACACAUGCGUGGUAAGAGAGGUGGUAGUCGCGGCGGCUCUACUUUCGCCAACAACGACAGAGACAGUGGCUCGUACUCGUACUUCAGUGGUGGAAACAAACGUGGAGGCAGCAGAAACGGGUCUUCGUUUUUCGGAGGAAGAGGCGGCGGAUCCUUUGGCGGCAGAGGCGGCGGCGGUGGUGGUGCCACGCGUGGCGUGGGCCGCUGGAGCGGCGGCAAGCAUGUGCCAGCCCCGGUCGACGAAGCUUUGGAGCUACAGCUGUUCGGAACUGCUGACGACUCGAACUUCCAGUCGUCGGGUAUCAACUUCGACCACUACGACGACAUCCCAGUCGAAGCUUCUGGUAACGAGGUGCCAGAGCCCAUUUCCGAGUUUACAUCUCCCCCUCUAGACAGCUUGCUGCUGGAUAACAUUAUGAAGGCGCGUUUCACCAAGCCUACUCCGGUCCAAAAGUACUCUGUUCCCAUCAUUGCAGCCAAACGUGACUUGAUGGCCUGCGCUCAAACUGGUUCCGGUAAGACUGGUGGGUUUUUGUUCCCUGUCCUUUCUGAGUCCUUCGCCAAUGGACCAGCCCCAGUUCCUGAGCAAAUGGCCAACUCCUACAUCAAGAAGGCUUUCCCAACUGCCGUGGUGUUGGCUCCAACCAGAGAAUUGGCCACUCAAAUUUAUGACGAGGCCAAGAAGUUCACUUACAGAUCCUGGGUUAGACCCGGUGUUGUGUAUGGUGGUGCCGACAUUGGCAGUCAAAUCAGAGAAUUGAACCGUGGUUGUGACUUGCUAGUUGCCACCCCAGGUCGUCUCUCUGACUUGCUUGAACGUGGCAGAAUCUCUUUGUGCAACAUCAAGUAUUUGGUCUUGGAUGAAGCCGACAGAAUGUUGGAUAUGGGUUUCGAACCUCAAAUUAGACACAUUGUUGACGGUUGUGACAUGCCUUCAGUCGACAACAGGCAAACCCUCAUGUUUUCGGCCACUUUCCCAAUGGACAUUCAACAUUUGGCGCGUGACUUUUUGAAAGAUUACGUCUUUUUGUCCGUUGGUAGAGUGGGUUCCACCUCCGAGAACAUUACUCAGCACGUUUUGUAUGUUGAGGACAUGGACAAGAAGUCUGCCCUUUUGGAUCUUUUGGCCGCUUCUGACGAUGGCUUAACUUUGAUUUUCGUUGAAACCAAAAGAAUGGCCGAUGCUCUGACCGACUUUUUGAUCAUGCAAAACUUGAGAGCCACCGCAAUUCAUGGUGACCGUUCUCAAGUUGAACGUGAACGUGCCUUGGCUGCUUUCAGAUCUGGUAGAGCUAACCUAUUGGUGGCCACCGCUGUUGCUGCUAGAGGUUUGGAUAUUCCAAACGUCACUCACGUUAUUAACUACGACUUGCCAAGCGACAUUGAUGAUUACGUCCACAGAAUUGGUAGAACUGGUCGUGCUGGUAACACUGGUGUUGCCACCGCUUUCUUCAACAGAGGAAACAAGAACGUUGUCAAGGAGAUGAUUGAACUAUUAUCUGAAGCAAAACAGGAAGUCCCUGAAUUUUUGAACCAACUUGCCAGAGAAAGUUACGGCAGCUCCAGAGGUGGAAGAGGUGGAUUCUCCAGCAACCGUAGCAGUAGCACCAGAGAUUACCGUCGCAUGGGUGGAAAUGGUGGCGCCUCUUACGGGGGCAGCAGCAGAGGUGGCAGCUCAUCUGGAGGCUACAAUAAGGGUGGCUCCUGGGGCUCCUCCGGUUCUUCAUGGGGUAACUCUGGCAGCUCUUGGGGUAACUCUGGCAGCACCGGGAACUCAUCUGCUAGCAACUCCUGGUGGUAA